GAGUGAAGAUUCGGAAACUUUGGUGACGAUGAAGGCGAGUACACUUAGCCGGAGAGAUGAUGAUUGUAUGGCAUCCAAUUUGGAGACUUCAAGACUCAGUCUGUUGCGCACUAACAAGACAUACAUUUAUUGUUGCUUGAUGCUUAUGUCUGUGAUUUCUGAGAGGGGAUAGCUUCAAGAUUCCGGCUGCGGGGAUUUGAGAUAAAUAAUUAUACUCCAGACAUACAUAAAUAUCCAGGUUUGCUAUGGGGAUUGUUUCAACCCCAUUUGAUAUUAUUAUUGGUUCAUGGAGUACAGUUAACCUGGGAAUAUCUUAGGCGCCGAAAACAAGCCCUUGGCGCCAUAUUGCCCCUAAAGCAGGGGGCUUGUUUAACGAAACCCGGACCUAAACUAUAGGCACUUCUUAUUAAAGCCAUCCGCCACGACAAAGGGAUAUUAUUUAACUAAAUAAACUCCUCGUGUCCUCUCUCCUCUCAUCAUUGCUUCCAUUUACAACACUCAUCCAGCAAAACAAUUGCAAACAAUUCUUGUUCCCGUCAGCAGGAUAACUACCAGAUUCACAUCUCCUUCAAACUGUCCUAUAUAAAACUUCCCUCUGAGUGCCUGCGGCUGCAAUAGUCGUCAACUCAAAAGACUGGCGUCUUCCUCCGCGAGCUACAAACCCACCCCUCCCUCUCCUCGCCAUGCCCUCCCUCCCCAGUCCCAGCCUCGAUUCCGCAAUGCUCUAAGGUCAUACCGCGCUCGUCCCCCAGCCUCGAACGAUCCUCCACCUCUAUUUGCGUCCUCGGAUGAUUAUUCCUCCCCAUCCACGGUGCCGUGCCCGCCGCCGUCUCCAGGUACACCCGCUUCCGAACCCCGGGAUAUAUUAUCCUCUCUCCAUCCUCGAGUUGCAGUGAUUCUGGGCGUUGACCGCCGCUGGUAUAUUCCUUUACUGCUUUGUCGGGGCCUCAGCAUCCUUCCGGCAGCAUGGUGGGGCUUACGUUGUGCCUUCACGUUCUUAGCAGAGCUACUACGGAUCAGGCCUCAAUUUUGGCAUGAAGGAUGGACAGCAGCUAUUGUGAGAGGAGCCGCGGCUGAUUGGGACGUGGAGAGACGGUUCAGGGUUACGGAAGUGGCAUUGGCUAUUAUUUGGUGUUCGGCGUCAGCAUAUUUAUUUUACUUUUUUACAGAUUGUAUGAUGUCUAGAUGGCUACUUAAUUAUACCCCCGCUGCAGUUGUCAUUCGACUUUUGGCUACGAAUGGUCUUCUUGCAUACCUCACGUCGUGGAUCCUCUAUUUAUCUGGCGCUUCCUCAGAUCCUCGCCUCCUCCUUCCAGCAUGGAUAUCAAUUGCAUCGGUCCUCUCUUUCGUUUACCACAUCACCCAACGCCAAAUUAACAUAAAAAAAGAAACAUUUGCGACGAUCUACGUUUUCUCAAUUGCCAGUUUCCUGAGUAUGUGCUCCUUGCUUCUGCAGCUGCAUCUUACACGCGAAAAUGAGCCUGAAGUCCCGUUAUUCGUUAUGGGGAAGAUAAUCCUGGAGUUUGGCGCGCAGAAGAUUGCUGAGUAUGGAGUUGGAGGCGAGGUAUCUGAUGGAUAGGAAGAGGAGAUGACGCUUCCUGACUCCCCCCUUUUUAUUCUUUCCGUUUCGUUUCUUUCUCGAGGUUGAUAUGGGCGGUUUGAUACAUCUAUUUUCUUUUCUGGCAACAAGAGCGAUUGUGCAUGAAUAACAUUUCCUUGCUUUGUUUCCAUUUGGUUUUUUAUUCUUCUAAGCCAUCUUCUUCUUACCUCUCAUGCAACAAUUCACCGUUUAGACUUUUUUGAUGAGAAAAUUAAUUGACGCUCUCACUGGCGAUGCGCAAAACGACUACCUAGGCACUGACUCCGUACAUUACAUCUUUUGAGAUAGCCUCAACCUUUCUCUCUUUUUACUACAUGCUUCGUUUUUAAAUUAUUUCCCUAAUUAGGAGGAUAUCAAGGGGGACCAUGUACACGUACUACUUCAUCGACAUUCCAUAUCAUUCACGCCAUCCAUCCUGCUUGAUUAUUCCAGUUUGCAAUUCAAACUUACAGACUCAACAGCCAGUUCUAUCCGGCAAAACCUGAAAAUAGUAAUAGAUGGAAAGUUGCUUUUGCCUAUUAUUAGCCAGAAGACAUAUAUAAUCAUACUUUCCACCCCUGAGUAGAU